GAUGGACCCUGUCAUGAGUGCGAGUGUUGUGCAAAACGAUGUUUAGUGUGUGGUUUUAAUCUUUGUAUGCGGUCUAUUGCACGCGUGUCAUGUCAUGCGACAAAAAAUAUAGAGACUUUUAGUAGAGUACUUUGAUGUUUUCGCCAAACACAGCCUACCAGCGUCAGCCAUGUACAACGCUAGGAUUAAUGUAACUGCCAGCGUUGCCUUCGCGAGACGUCUGCUCUGCCGGCUGCCGGCGGGUGCUGCCAGGACUUCCUACUGCCGCACCUUAUCGCAGGCGAAAAACCUGAUCGAAGAUGCUAAAGCAGGUUCGUUGUCGCUUAGCUACAAGGAUUACGUGCUUGAACCAGCAGGAGUACACCGGGACGACUUCAAGAAGCGCUUCCAUGCGUGCCGGUCUGUGGAUGAGGUGUUGCACCACCUUGUCUUUGCUGGGGAGGAUUCGAAGCCCGUGAAGCCGCAAGAUCUUGUCGCCUCUGCCGAGGCGCUUGUGAGGAUUCAGUACCGCAUACUGAGCAGUUUUCAGUGGGCUUACCGUGAUAGCAACAUCACAAUGCGCGUCCAGGCCGCUGCUAACUCGGACACUGUUGACAUGUUUCUGUCCCUCCAUCACCACCCGUCAUUUUCCGUCCUUCUAGACGAAAUAGAUAAAAACAUGGAGUGUUUCUCUUCUGAGGAGGCAGUUCAUCUUCUGGACGCUCUGCUCAAGCUGUGUGUUCCGAAAAACCACGACGUGCUCGUGAAACUACAAGAACGUUGCAUCGCGGAGAGUGAAGCGUUGGAUCUAGACGGGCUUGUCAGGCUGGCCGAAGCGUCCAACUUCCUGAAACGCAACGGAUUCGUCCUCAGCGGUCUCGUGUGCUCGCUUGUUCAGCGAACGUUCGACACUAUCCCAUUCACGUCCGAUUCUUACAGGAGUAUAUCGGCAAUAUUGUGUCACGUUGCGUACUUUCUUUCCUGCGAAUAUGUGAACUUUGUGCUGGAGAAAUUGACUGCUAUGCUCUCCUCUUACCGAGACCACGUUUCGCCGUCCGAUUCACUCCUGGUCCUAGAGGCGGCGGUCCGGUUCUCGGGGGACGCGCAGAAACUGAAGCCAUUUCUCGACCACUGCUUGCUGAACUGUGCCAAGCUUUCAAUGAGCCAGCUUUCAAAAUUGUUGCGAUUGUGCAGGCUAGGUCGUUUGGAAGCUCCUUCGCUCUUUGAAAAAGCGAGAGAAGUAGCCAUGCAUCGUAAAAGCGAGGGUCUCUUGCGGACAACAGACGUAGUUGGUUUGAUAAGCAUCUUUGAUGAUGUUGGAUGGAGUGAAGGUCUCCGAGAAGAAUUCACCGGUCUUUUGGCGAUACACAUGCCUGACGUAGAUGUCCUUCUCAUCAAACACUUGGCAAGCACCAAAUUCCUGAAGGAGUGCCGAAGCAAGGAACUGAUGAACUUGUUUGCAAAACGGUGGACAGAAAAGCUCACGGACAUCCUUAACACAGUAUCUAUACUUAGUGCGCUCAUCAAUCUUUACAACAAGACUUUCCUGAUAUCAAGACAUGCAAGAGAAGUGCUUGAGAGAUGCUUGGUACAAGAACUCAAGCAUGGACAGUUUGCACUAAACCCUGACAAGGCAACAGUGUGCUGCGGUUUUCUCUUCAGGUUCGGCAACACAAGGUCGAAAGAGUGUGCACUAGAGACCAUGGAGCGCAUCAAGACACAGCUGUCGCCUUUACAAUUCUUCUUCUUCUUUUACGAUCAGAGUUUUCUAGACGAAUUUUCAUACGAGCACAACCUCCCGCGCAUCUGGUGCAAGAGCGUUCUUGAAAGACACCAGGAGAUCCCGAACCUCCACAUUGCCUCAUACCUGAUGAUGAAGUUCUUCCCAACCGGUGACAGCAGGCAGCAGCAGUGGUGCAUUUCCAAGGCAGACGCUCGGCUCUGGGCAGACAUUUUGGAGGCUAGCACUCCAGUCUUCAACCACUCCACUUUCCGGCAGGUGCUCAAGUGUAUACUAGGGCACCAGUUGUACGUGCCUGCGACCCUUGAGGUUUUGUGCGAGUCGGCGCUGAAGAAGAGCCUCAAAGUACACCUCGCAUUGAAGCUCAUAGAGGCCUGUGCCAAGGUGAACUACAGGCCACAGUGCUUCGAAGAACUUGGGAACCUGUACGCCAACCACCUAGUCGAAAUCGCCGAAAUGGACAAGUUGCACGUCAUAGACAUACUUCGUUUUUCUCACAGCCUCUUGCAUUUGGACUGCUUUGCGGAGCGAUUAGUCCGCAAGAUUUUCAGCGUCAGCUAUCUGAAGAAGCUGGACAGCAUCAUAAAUGAGUGUCCAGAAAUGAAGGACGAUGUUGACCGAAUGCUGUUUGAAUGCAACCGGUGUGUUGAGCUCCAGUUCCCUGAACUUGAUGUUCCUUGGAUGUGGUCUGCACCUCCUUCAGCAAUCGAAAGCAGCUCUCGUGACCCACAGCGUGACAAGCUUUUUAGCAUGGUUGAAGACGUAUUGAGGGACCUAGCAGGAGAAGAUGGGCUAGUGCGUCCAAGGACACAGUCUCCAUACUUCCACCAUAUUGAUUUCGAGUGCUAUGCUGGAAAAGAAUUUGGCUUCAUAUCCCAGCAUGACUUCAAAGCCAAUCCUUGUCUACCAGUGAAAAGGUUGGCCAUCAUGCUUUUGGGAGAUGAAGACUACUGUAGGAACGAGAACCACUUGCUUGGGCCUAUUGCAACAAAACUGCGACAGCUGGAAAUACUGGGCUACACUGUCAUCAAGGUGCCUUGUAGUGAAUUUUCAAGCAUAGGCAUGGACUUUGAAGCGCAGAGGGAGUAUUUGCAAGAAAAGAUUUUCUCGAGGUGACAAGAGCCAGCUUCGAGGUUCCGGUGUACAGCGGAUGUUUCAUCACAGUCAGGUUUUA